AUGUCUAUUCCGGCUUUCGCUGAUAUCUCCAAGUCAGCAAAUGACUUGCUGAACAAGGACUUCUACCACCUGUCCGCUGGCACCAUUGAGGUGAAGAGCAACACUCCGAACAAUGUUGCUUUCAAAGUUACUGGCAAGAGUAGCCACGAGAAGGCCACUGGCGGUGCCAUCGAGGGCAAAUACGCGGAUAAGUCACUCGGUAAUGAUGCCACCACUCCCAAUGAACAGACAAACACCACAGUCGCCCGCAAGCGCCGGCCAGCGCAAUUCUCACUGUCAUUAAGUCGGAUAAGGGUGCCAGGCCCAACAGCCUUUCCACUCGAAUUCGCUUCACACGUUAAUCAACACGGAUUGGGUUUGCUAAUUCUAUACCGACGCGCAGGCCUUACCCUGACUCAGACCUGGAAUACUACCAAUGCUCUUGACACCAAGGUCGAACUCGCCGAUUCCCUCGCCAAGGGUUUGAAGGCCGAGACUAUCUUCUCCUUCCUUCCCGCCACCCAGAAGAAGGGUGUCAAGCUCAACCUGACAUUCAAGCAAUCUGCCUUCCACGGCCGUGCCUUCUUCGACCUCCUCAAGGGCCCCACCGCAAACGUCGACGCCGUUAUCGGCCACGAAGGUUUCCUCGCCGGUGCCUCUGCUGGCUACGAUGUCCAGAAGGCCGCCGUCACCGGCUACAACGCCGCCGUCGGCUACCUCUCCCCCCAGUACAGCGCCGCCGUUACUGCGACCGACAACCUAAGCGUCUUCGCCGCUAGCUACUACCACAAGGUCAACAGCCAGGUCGAGGCCGGUGCCAAGGCCACCUGGAACUCCAAGAGUGGUAACAAUGUUGGUCUCGAGGUUGCCAGCAAGUACCGCCUCGAUCCUGUCUCGUUCGCGAAGGCCAAGAUCAAUGACCGUGGUGUCGCUGCCGUUUCCUACAACGUCCUUCUCCGCCCUGGCGUUACCCUGGGUCUCGGUGCCUCUUUCGACACCCAGAAGCUUGACCAGGCCACCCACAAGGUCGGUGCUAGCUUCACUUUCGAAAGCUAG